AUGUCGGCAGGUGGAAUCACUUACGAUGGAGUGCCCGGCGCCCGCGGCACUCUCUUCAAGGAUCUGAAGUUCUUUGUGUCGUUGCGCGUGCCCGGCAGGGUGAAAAUCCUGGAACUUAUCAAGCAAAACGGCGGCACAAUUGCCAAGUUGGAAACCCAGGCGGACCACUACAUUACGUAUGACACUGGGCUCAAACCAGCUGGAUCGCUCGAUUGGAAGUUUGUCAGAGAUUCCGUCGACAACGGCGCGAUACAAGAAACGGAUAAAUACGAGAUGCACCAGACCCCCACAGCUUCGCGCCCCGUUGGUGGUUCUCGUCCUGCUGGCGGAUCCCGUCCUACAGCCAAGUCGGCCAAUUCUGCCCCUAUUAAAGGAACCCGCACACCGUUCAACGCGACCGACGAUGAGAGUCUCGCCAGGUGGGUGUUGUCUCAUGCGGCGAAUAAAAAGAGCGGCAAUGAGAUCUAUCAGACAUUCGAGGGAAUAAACAAUCGUCAUACCUGGCAUUCUUGGAGAGAUCGAUGGAUCAAGAAGCUAUCGAAAUUGCCUCCGACUGAGCUUGAGAAGCUGGCAGCUAAUGCUCCUGAUAUCGCAUUGCCGCCACCACCGGCAGCCGCGACUUCUUCUAAGCGAUCUGGAGCUACGCGACCAGCAGUAAAGAAGGCGCCUCCUCCAGCUACCCAAACUGUCUCGCAAUUGCCUCCGGCGAAGGCAGCGGUGAAGACAGCGGUGAAACCGACCUCCGCCGCCCAUCAGCCAGCCGUCAAAGCGCCAUCGACUCCAGCGAAGAGAGCCAAAUUCACAGAGGCAGAAGACGACUUGCUGAUACGCGAGGCAGGCAGAUUUGGCGGUACACCCGACACCAAAUUCUUCAAGAGAUUCUCAGAAAAGAUAUUGGAGCCGCGACUUCGGGAGAGCUCUAAGGAAAGCCUCGAGGAGAGCGGACCCUCACCUAAAGAAUCCUCUACAGUCAACAGAAAGACCCGACCGGACACAGCUCCUAGCGGUGGCGAGCCAAGUCGGCAGACGGAACGCCCACAGAACGAGAGGCCAAACGAAUCUAACAGCCAGGCCGCGGAGACUUCUGCACCAAAGGUCGCUCUAUCUGGUGCAAGCCCCGCGAGAAAGAAAUACGAAGCGGAACAGCCACGAGUGCCAAAAGUCGAAGAAGCCCCAGCUGUCACGAGACAGGAUUUCUACGACCAACUUUGGGGCUACAGGACGUACCACCAUAUCGACACCCAAACUAAUCCCGAAAUCAAUGGUCAGCCCAUCGACUUGUGGCAAUUAUGGCAAGCUGUUGGAGACCAGUACCAGAAAGGUGCAGUCGAAACCGACUGGGCAGCAGUUGCAGAUAGUCUGGGCUUCCACGUUGAAAAUGCUCAGUUGAUACAACAAUGCUUUGCAGACCACGUCGCCGGCUUCGCCGCCAGCGGCAUAUUGGACGAAUCUGACGUAGAAUCCGAGGACGAUGGGGUUCCACAGCCCGAGGACGAAGACGCUGUACCGGAUGUGCCUCUAGAAUCUUUACAGAUGCAGCAAGCGGUUACUCCCAGUGCUUCUAGAAAGAGGCAAUCAAUCGCUGUCGAGACGUCUGGCUUUCCGUCGACACCAAAUAGCAGGAAAAAGCGACAGCGCCUAGGCCCAGACGACGAGAUCCCAUCGACUCCCGACGACAAGCUAGGUCUCGCAAGCUUUGGCAACCUUGGCCCCAGCCCCUCGCUUAGCGUCAAACAGUGGACGGCCAGUGAGGAGCAAGUUGAGGGGACUGCAGAGAUGGACGUAGAGGAAGACGAGCCUGAACAUGAUUCAGCUAGCAAGCCCCGUCGUUUGGAGCCCGAAACGCAGGACUUUGGCUUCGAUGAUGCCUUCAACGCACCUGACAAAUCGCAAGACAGUGUCGAGUUCGAUAUCUCGCCGUCACAACAGCUUUUGGGCGAGGAAGAGUCGGUGACCCCUUUGCCUUUGUCCUUCGGGAGAGAUAAAGGAGAAGGGGUCGACCGGAACCAGUCACCCACUCCUGCACAAGUUCAAGAGUCGCCCGCCGAAGAGGGAGAAGGAGAGGAGGAGGUGGAGGAGGAAGAGGAAGAAAAAGAAGAAACAGGAGAAGUUCCGAACGAUGCCACAGAUCAAACCAUGACCGACUCCCAAGAAUCGACAGAUAAGACCGUCGAGCUCCAGAACCUCAUGGACCGGUUUGUCUCGUUUGGCUACCCGCGCGAAGAUAUCGUCUUGGCGCUGAUGGCUACUUCGCUAUGCACACCGUUAGCCACAAGUCUGGUGAAGUACCUGAAGGAGCACAAGGACCUUCCCAACAAUUGGCAAGGAGUAUGGACGAUCAAUGACGACAAACGAUUGAGACGUGUCGAUGCUGCCGGCUCAGAGGGUGGCCCGGAUGAGGCCAAGAUCCGGAAAUAUUGGGAUUACCUGGAGUCGAAACAUACCCGGCCCCGUAUCGAGCAGAGAAGGAAGUUUCUUGCUUAUCUAGAUGAGACCAGCCAGAGCUCUCAAUGA